CCUACUCUGCUCCCUGACCUGCUGCUACCCCACAGCCCCAGUUGUGCAUGCACCACAGAUUCUGUGAGCCGCCCAUCGCCACGGUUGCUGCUUCUGUGCUCCUGCUGCUCAGGGCUUGCUUCCCCAGAAAAGUCAGAGCCAGCUGAGGCCACCAACUGCUGCAGCCAUGGUCCAUGGGCAAAAAGGGUUCCAGUUCCAAAACUGGGCAAGAACCUAUGGCUGCUGCCCCGAGAUGUACUAUCAGCCAGCUUCGGUGGAGGAGGUCCGAGAGGUGCUGGCCCUGGCCAGGCAGCAGAACAAGCGCGUGAAGGUGGUGGGCGGAGGCCACUCCCCCUCGGACAUCGCCUGCACCGAGGGCUUCAUGAUCCACAUGGGCAAGAUGAACCGGGUCCUCCAGGUGGACAAGGAGAAGAAGCAGGUGACGGUGGAGGCUGGCAUCCUACUGGCUGAGCUGCACCCGCAGCUGGACAGGCAUGGCCUGGCCCUGUCCAACCUGGGAGCCGUGUCAGACGUGACAGCAGCUGGUGUCAUCGGGUCCGGGACACACAACACUGGCAUCAAGCAUGGUAUCCUGGCCACCCAGGUGGUGGCGCUGACACUGAUGACAGCUGACGGGGCCAUUCUGGAGUGCUCUGAGUCCAGCCAUCCUGAAGUGUUCCAGGCGGCGCGGGUGCACCUUGGCUGCCUGGGCGUCAUCCUCACGGUCACCCUGCAGUGCGUGCCACAGUUCCACCUGCAGGAGAAAUCCUUCCCCUCUACCCUGAAAGAGGUCCUUGACAACCUUGACAGCCACUUGAAGAAGUCUGAGUACUUCCGCUUCCUGUGGUUCCCACACAGCGAGAACGUCAGCAUCAUCUACCAGGACCACACCAACAAGCCCCCCUCCUCUUCAGCCAACUGGUUUUGGGACUACGCCUUUGGAUUCUACUUACUGGAGCUCCUGCUCUGGGCCAGCACCUUCCUGCCGUGCCUCGUGGGCUGGAUCAACCGCUUCUUCUUCUGGCUGCUGUUCAACCGCAAGAAGGAGAACAGUGAUGUCAGCCACAAGAUCUUCACCUACGAGUGCCGCUUCAAGCAGCAUGUCCAGGACUGGGCCAUCCCCAGGGAGAAGACCAAGGAGGCCCUGCUGGAGCUGAAGAGCGCGCUGGAAGCCAGCCCCAAGGUGGUGGCUCACUACCCCGUGGAGGUGCGCUUCACCCGGGGGGAUGACAUCCUACUAAGCCCCUGCUUCCAGAGGGACAGCUGCUACAUGAACAUCAUCAUGUACAGGCCCUAUGGCAAGGACGUGCCCCGGCUUGACUACUGGCUGGCCUAUGAGACCAUCAUGAAGAAGUUCGAGGGCAGACCCCACUGGGCCAAGGCCCACAACUGCACCCGAAAGGACUUUGAGAAAAUGUAUCCUGCCUUUCCCAAGUUCUGUGCCAUCCGUGAAAAGCUGGACCCCACCGGAAUGUUCCUGAAUUCCUACCUGGAGAAAGUGUUCUACUGAGGCGGGAGGGUACACAAGCAAGGCCCACCUUCUUGAGGGGAGGUCCAAGAGGCAGGCAUCCAUCCCCUCCUGACUCCAUGGCGUGAGCCGGGCUCGGGUCAGGGCUGUCCUCCCCUCCCUCCAUCCGCCCAGCACCCAUAGCAGGCAGGGACAUCGCACCCAAGCCCCCAAAGAUGUCCCCGUGCCUUUGCCUCCCUUUUCUGCACCUCCGGCCACCAUGCUCAGUUCUCCAGGAGGAAAGGUAGCCCUAAUGUGUGCUGUUUGUCUAGCAGGUCAGGAACCCCAUUACUCCCAGGUUCUGUCUAUUAGCAAGGUAUAGAAGUGAACGUCCCCAGGGCUGCGGCUUCCAGCAUUCCCUCUCCAGUCCUCUACAGGACGUGGCCCUUGGAGAUGUUUGGGUGCAGCUGUGGUGUGACCCCUGCCUGAUGUCCUUCACCCAUGAGGGUCAUGGGAAAUGACCUGUUCCCCAAAGGAAGGACAGCAACAUGUUAGAGACAGAUCUAUGUACACGUUCAUAGCCGCAUUCUUCACAGUACCAAACUGUGGCCCACACAUGCACAUCACUCAGCCUUAAAAAUGAAGAGAAUCAGAACCCAUCCUGCAGGAUGGAUGAACCCUUACAGCACUGGGCUGAGUACAACAAGCCAGUCAUAAAGAACAAACAUCUUAUGAGUGUGUUUAAAUGGGCUGCCUAGAGCACUCAGGUUCAUGGGGACAAAUAGGAUGGGGGUCCCACGAGUGGGGGAUGGGAGCAACGGGGGUUAGUGUCUGAUGGGUGCAGAGGGUUGCCUGGGAAGAGGAGAGAGUCCUGGGAACGGGUGGUGGUGGUGGCGGCUGCGCAGCAGGAUGAAGAUCCUGUAUGUCAUUGAAUUGCAUACUCUGUGUUUUUACCUCAAUAAAAUAAUGAAAAUUCCA